AUGGAUAAAAGGUACAAUCAGCCAACGAACGUUGUAUUUUCUGGAAGCGAGCAGCCAAUUAAUAAAAUAAUCAGCCCAACCAAAAUUCACAAAACGACGUCACAGCAGAUUCUGAAGAUUCCAUUCCCAGAAUCAUCUUAUCAAUUUCCUAUUGUUACAGCCAAUACACUAUGUCCUCCUUCGCAAAUUGCAACUUUUAAUAAGGAAAGAGCUUAUUCGCAUAAUCCAAUAUCAUUUAGAAGCAAUGCAUUAGGAGAUGAGUCUCCAUUUUCAAAUCAAUCAAUUUUGCGUCGAGGAUCAUUACCUAUGCAAUCAACUCUAGCACCAUCCCCUCAGCAGCAAUUUUCUAAAUUUAUUAACGAGCAAGGGUUAUCUUUUUCUUUUCGAGCCGGUAUAUCAGAAGAUGAGCCGUCAUUUUCCAAGCAAUUAGAAUUCCGUCGAGGAUCCCUCCCUUUAAAAUCUAUAUCACCUACACCUAACUCAUAUUCUUCACAACCUCAAUUUUCUAGCUUAAAAAAAGAUAAGGAUUUUCCACAAUCGCCAAUAUCUUUAAAGGACAAUUCUCCAGCAGAAGAGUCUUCAUUUUCAAGGAAAUUAAGUUUUCCAAGAGGGUCUUUGCCUCAGCAGCUAAUUGCAAGUAAAGCCGACAAAAUUGAUAGGCCAAUUGUGAAGGACAGUUCUCCAAGGAAUUUUUCAAGCACAUUUGAUAAUUCUGUGAGAUCAAGUUUUGCUGGAAGCUGAAAAAUGAUGCAAAAUGGCAAUUCUACGCCUGCAAAUAUGAAUGUGAGAUCUUCGGCUCAGGAAUACAAAGAAAUGAAAAUUAAAGAUCCUCAAAAGCUAGUAAGGAAUGCAAGUGGAUCAAAUCUGUAUUCACAAAAGAAGUAA